AUGACAUCUGAGAUUGAAAUAGCUAUUGUGGGGAUAGGAUGCAACUUUCCUGGAGGUGAAGGAAUUGACUGUUUCUGGAAAGUGAUAGAGAACAGUAGAAACUGUACCACAGAAAUACCUCCAGAAAGAUUUAUUAUUAGAGAACGGUAUGAUCCAAAUGAUAAGAAACAAAGUAAAAUACGUACAACUCAUGCUGCUCUGCUCGAUGAAUUCAAUGCAUUUGACAACAAGCUCUUUGGUAUUAACAAUGAGGAAGCUGAGCACAUGGAUCCUCAGCAAAAGCUACUCCUGGAAUGUACAUACAGAGCCCUGGAAGAUGCAGGACUUACAACUGAAAAUAUCAGUGGCACUCGAACUGGAGUUUUUGUGGGUCUGAUGAAUCAAGACUAUGAGGCCAUAACCAGUGGGGCAGCUGCCAAAACAAACUAUCAUGAUACCACAGGGAGAGCAAUGAGCACAGCAGCUAAUCAAAUUUCAUUUACUUUUAAUUUGACUGGACCAUCCCUUGUCAUUGAUACAGCUUCCUCAUCAUUCCUUUCUGCUCUACACUUUGGCUACAAAGCCAUCAAACAAGGGGACUGUGAAGCUGCUGUUUGUGGAGGAGUGAACUGCAUCAUGGAUCCUUGGAAGUUUGUAUCUCUCAGUAAAGCAAAAAUGCUCUCUCCUGAUGGAAUCACUAAACCCUCCUCUAGUAAGGGAGCUGGCUAUGGAAGAGGAGAAGGCUGUGGUGUCCUUUUGUUAAAGCCACUGACAAAGGCAAUGGAAGAAUUCAGCAAAAUAUGGGGUGUCAUUAGCGUCAGUGCCAUCAACCAGAAUGGAAGUAUGGUUGCUCCAGUCACCACAGAAUCUAAAGCACAACAGGAAAAAUUGUUGCUCAGCAUUUACCCAGCGUAUGUUGAUCCGUCAGCAGUUCAGUACAUUGAAACAUGUAGCAUAGGAAAUCCUGCUGAAGAUGCCAGCGAGGCAGAAUGCUUAGGCAAUAUCAUUGCUAAAAAGAGACCUUCUGAGCUGCCUCCUCUUAAGAUGGGUUCACUUACUGGGAACAUUGGAUACACGGACUCAGCUGCUGGGGCAGCAGCAUUAAUCAAAGUACUUCUCAUGAUGCGUCAUGGAAAGAUUGUUCCAUCCUUGUACUUGUCAGAGAGCACCAGCAGCAUCAACACAAAGAAACUAAACCUCUCCAUUCCCACAACAGUGGAGGAAUGGGAUGAAUCGAGUGAAUUUGGCAGAGUAGCUGGGAUCAACUGUUUUGGACUUGGAGGUAACAACGCUCACAUGAUUGUCAGACAGGUGAAACAAGCCCAGCUUUUGGCUUCGGUCAAAAGGCCUUUUGAAUUAUUUGUCAUUUCUGCAGCUUCGGGUAAUUCCCUCAAAAUGACCAUGGAUGACACAGCUAGGCACAUCAACGUAAGUGACACAACAACACUGCCGAAUCUGGCAUAUACCUCUGCAUGUAGAAGGAGCCAUGGAAACCAUAAAUAUAGAAAAGCAUUUGUGACUUCUUCUCUCCAGCACCUACAGCAACAACUUAUUUCUGCAGCAGAAACGGAAGCAACUCCAUCAAAUAAGCCUCCUCCUCAAUUAAUUUUUGUGUUCUCUAAUACCGCACUGAACUUCAAAGGGAUAUGCAAAAUCCUGCUGAGAUCUGAGCAUGUCUUUAGAAACAAAUGCAUUGAAAUCAAGCAAUUGUUUCAACAGCUCUCACCUACUAGAAUUCUGGAGUUAACAGAAAGUGAACACAAGGAUUUGUCCAAGCCUGACCUUGCCCAGCCUUUGUUCUUCACAAUGCAGGUGGCCUUGGCGACACUUCUGAAACACUGGGGGAUUAAGCCGGUGGCUGCUGUUGGAUAUUCAGACGGCGAGGUGGCCGCUGCCCAUUGUGCUGGCUUGAUUUCCCUAGAAGAUGCUGUCAGGAUUGUCUAUCACAGGAGUAGGCUACAGGCUAAGGUCACUGGAGGCAGAAUGCUGGUAGUUAGUAACAUCCCCAUUCAAGAAGUAUCAGCAGCCCUUGGAGCAUACUCGGAGAAAGUUUGUGUUGCAGCUCUUAACAGUCCUAUGUCUUGUACAUUGUCAGGAGAUACAGACUCCAUUAAUGCCCUUCAGAAGCAUCUAGCUGACGUAUUCAGCAAAACGAACAUAUUUCUUCAUGUUUUAAAUGUGCCAGCUGCAUCCCAUAGCCACAUGAUGGAUCCAGUAUUGGCAGAGAUGGUGGCAAGCUUAUCAGAACUAAAGAAAGGCAAGCUGGAAAUUGGCCUGCUUUCUACAGCAACAGGGAAGGCUAUUUCAAAUGAUGAUUUUGUCACUGGCCAUUACUGGGCUAGACAGGCUCGUGAUCCCGUUUGUUUUGCAGAUGCCAUAUUGGCAUCAGCCAAAGGCAAGGAUAACAUUGCAUUUGUAGAAAUAGGAUUUGAAAGAGAGUUGCAGCGAUAUAUCACUGAAACGUUAGGACCACAAACCAGAGUUUUCCAUUCCAUGCACAUUGGUAGAGAAUAUGUCGCUCUCCUUAAUAUGGUAAAAGAUUUAUUUGAAUUGGGAUUUCCUGUAGAUUGGCAGUAUUUUUAUGAAGGGUACCAAAGUGUUCCGUCAGCCUACCCAAGGUAUCAAUUUGAGCGUAAGGAAGUCCUGCCACUUUGGUACAUGAACCAGCCAGCAAACAACAGAGAGGCAAGCUCAAAUCAUCCUUUAAUUUGCAGUACCAAUAGGGAAAAUUCAGAAUUCAUCUGUACCAUCUCAGAGUCACUGGCACCUUAUUUGUAUGAGCACAAGAGCCAUAGAGUUGCUUCAAUUCCUGCUGCCUUUUUUGCAGAACUUGCUUUGGCAGCUGUCAUUACUAGUUCAAGACCAAAGGUGCCUGUAAGUUUCUGCCAGAUGAAUAUAGUUUUCACUAAACCAUGUGUUGCAAAUGCAAAUUCUCAUGUUUUGAAGGUAAGCCUGGAGUCACAAGAAAGACUGACGGAAUUCCGGGUACUAUCCGGACCAGCUAAUACAGUUUAUGCAUCAGGAAAAGUCACAAAGAAUCCAGAAACAUCAGUGGAAGAAAAGAUCAUUUCCUUGAACGAUAUUUUUCAGAGAUGUAGGUCAAUUGUUAACAAAGGUGACAUUUAUGAAGCAUUGACACAGUCUGGAUUUCAUUGUGAUGCUCCUUUUAGGCAGCUAAAUGAUAUAUGUUAUUAUGAAGAUUUAAAAGAGGCAAUAACAACAGUGAAAGUGAAGAGAGAAAUAGCAGAAGAAAUGCAUGAGUAUAAUAUUCAUCCAUUAGUCCUGGACUGUUUUCUACAAAUAGUAGGAAUUCUGGCUACAGUUACAUCAAAAAACAAAGGAAGUUUUCUUUCCGGUAUAAGCAGUCUCACUAUUACACGACCUCUGCAAGAAGAAAUGAUGAUAUAUGUAAAAACAAGCAACUCCACGGACAAAAAGAUACAGUUUUGUGGGUGCUUCACAGACAGACAUGGGUCUGUCCUAGCAGAACUGAAAGGUGUCGAGAUCACUUUUGUUAAGGAGGUUCCCAAGAAAGAAAAUGAUUUACUGUUUGAAAAUAACUGGAAGGAAAUCACAUCCGACCAAACGAUGCAAAAUUUACCCAAGGCACCUAGAGUUGUAGUGUUUGCUGACAAAUCUGGUAUAGCACAACAGCUCAAGAAUUACUUGCACAGUGAAUCUAGGUUUGUCACAUAUCAAGAAUGGGAUAAACUGUUGGUAGCCAAGAAAGGAGACACUAAUGCACAGAAUAAAAUUAACCUGGAGCUGCAGGGAUACCAAGAUGUCCUGUUUAUGUGGGGCAUCCAGAAACUCAGUGAAUCUUUACCAGAAAAAGUGGUGAAACAUUCAGUAAGAUGUUGUGAGGCAUUUCGCCAGGUCGUUCUUGCAUUAAAGGAGAAGAAGUCCUCUGGUUCUGUUACAAUUAUCACUUACAGAACAUCGGAGGGGAAAGUAGACCAUAUAAAUCCAGGCUUGGCUUUGUAUGGCAUGGCUCGAACAUGCAUGGUUGAAAUUCCUGAAAUCACAUUUCAGAUCAUUGAUAUCAGCUCUACAAGUGCCAUAGAUAUCUCAGCUUUGGCAGAUGUUUUAGUAAAGUAUAAAGCACAAGAUUAUCCAGAAGUCUGGAUCGAUGAAGGAAGGAUUUACAGUUCCGAAAUUAGGCGCACCCAAAUUGAACCCACUGCCUCCAGUACACCUUCCUACCCAUUUCAGGACUCAGAACUCUAUGUUUUAUAUACAACAGAUCCGUAUGAUGUGAGUGAGCUCUCGGCUAAAGUUGCCAGUUCACGGACUCAGCUUGGUAACCGCAGCAUUGAGGUACAGAUCGAAAAAAUAAGCAUUCACUCAGAAGACUACUUUCCUGUGACUAUAUCAAGUUGUGCAUUUGGAAAAACCUUAUACUGGACUUCGCACACAACAGAUGAACACAAACUAUUAGCACUAGACUUUAUGGGCACUGUAACUGCAACAGGUAUCGAAGUGAAAAAAGUCAAAGUGGGAGACCAUAUUGUUUCAUGUUAUCCAGUUUCUGCAGCUUCAAGAAUUCAUAUCCCAGAAACAAUUUGUUUCCUGAUUCAGAAAUUUCCAUGCUUUAGAAACACACCAUGCAUGUCAUUCUUCUAUGUUGCAAGAGUAAUUUUGCAUCAGACACUGCCAACGCCAAAACAUGGAGACAUAUUAGGUAUUAUUUCUAUUGAGCCCGAGUCAGUUUUGUGCAAAGUGCUUGCUUUUUCAGCCCAGGAAUUAGGAUGGAAAACAAUAACUACAAAUCAUGUGACUGGUCUGUGGCAACGUGUUAAUCAGUGUAAUGCCCUCAUUUUCCUACCACCUCUAACUGGGAUGUUUAAAGAUGGCCUUUCUUGCCUUUUUCAUCUUAGAGAUGUCGUACUUGUUUAUGGUAACGGACAGCCAGAUUGUUUAGAAUAUGUGCCUGAGACAGAUAAUGAAAAUAUCCAUAUCCACACUGUCAAUCUUAUCCAUAUUUUUCAGAAGGCAUCUCUGAUACGAUCUCAGAAGGAAGUCUAUAGCUGGCUUAAAUCAAUGAAUAUGAAACAAUUAAAAAAUCUCCCAUAUACCCUUUUCCAACAAGCAGGUGUGAGGUCAGAGAAUGCUGCAUCCUAUUUCACUUGCAGAAGUGUUCCAGUUGCAGUGCUAAAAAAUGAGGAGGAGGAGAGUAAGAUCUCGGAUAUUCCAAUGAGUGUAACAGACCGAAGACUGUUUAAGCACAAUGCUGUUUAUAUAGUCACAGGAGGACUUACUGGACUUGGCUUAGAAACAGUAAAAUUCAUAGCUCAGAAUGGAGGAGGUCGAAUUAUCAUACUUUCACGGAGAAAUCCAAGUGCUGAGAUCCAAAAGGACCUAAAAGAUCUCCAGGAUCACUGCGAAUGGAGCAGAGUAGUUAGCUUACAAUGCAAUGUUGUUUCCAGUUCUGAAGUUGACAAGGCCAUCAAGUCCAUUGGUAAAAUUUUUCCGAACUGUCCUGUCAAAGGUGUGUUCCACAGCGCAAUGGUUUUACAUGACGGGCUUCUUGAAGCCCUCACUAUGUCUCACUUUGAGGAAAUUUUAAAUCCAAAGAUCGCUGGGGCAAUCAAUCUUCACCAUGCCUUACAAGGGCAGGAGCUUGACCAUUUUGUGUGUUAUUCGUGUUUCUCAACAUUUCUUGGAAAUCCAACACAAGCAAACUAUGCAGCUGGCAAUUCCUUCCUGGAUCUUUUCUGCCAUUACAGGAGAAAUAGUGGCCUUGCAGGGCAGUCCAUUAACUGGGGUGCCUUGAAUUUUGGAGCUCUGGAAGGUCAACAUGCCAAUCGAACUAGUAUGUUAGAAAGCAGAGGUUUAGAGGAACUGCAAGUGAAUGAUAUUCACGAGUACCUUAGAAAAUGCUUAAUUCUAAACAAUCCUCAGCUAGCUGUGAUAAAAUUAAACUUCCAAAUGUUAGCAUUUAAUGUUUUAUCUCAAACUUCAUCACUGAGGAGUCGUUUCUCUAAAUUGGUUUCUGAGGAACUGUGUAGUAGUAACUCUGAGCCCACAGGUGAAGGUGUGUCCCAGAAUCUGUCUCUCAAUGGACCUGUAAGUUAUAUCACGUCACUUUUGAAAAAUGUGAGUGACACAGUUCCUGAGAAUCUUUCAUUGCAUACACCACUUUCCUUACUGGGCAUAGAUUCUACGCUAGCCUUCACUCUGAAGAAUCGCAUUUUUGCGGAAACAAGGGUGGAAGUACCUCUCACAAAACUAAUUGAUCCUCAAUCAACUGUAGCAACUUUAAUCUUACAUUUGAAAGAAAAUUCUGAUAUCACAGAUUCUCAUGCAGCUGAAGGUAUUGAUGCUGGAAGCUGGUUGUAGGAAUGCCUUUCCAGGUGUUAUUCCAAAUGAAUUUUCACACUGAAAUUUCCCACUAUUUUGUCUAUUUGUUCAAGAUGGAUCUCAAAGAUACCUUGACUACCAUGUUAUCAAUUGUUGAUUUGGAAACAGAUCUCUGUAGAGGACAGCUCUGGGCAUGCCUAAUGCUGAAGGCCUGCGGAUGGGCUGGUGCAUUAGGAGGCUUGUGGCAACAUAGAUAUAACUGCAUAGUACAUUUCCCAAGUAGAGGAAGCCUAUCUUGUAUACGGGAUGCUUUUCCAGUCCUUUACAAAAUACUGUACAUUUCGAUGUAGUGAAGCUUCUGAUUCUGAAAAUGAUUUUA